AGUCUUACUGUUAGUAUCUGCACUCGUCUUGACCCUCGCAUCUUUGCUCCACCCUUCUUAGCGAAGAACUGGUGAACACAGCAAUGGACGACAGUACUCCUCUACUGAGCCGCUCCGAGAUGGACUUUAUACGAGAGGGAUGCCAUCAAAAUUGUCGGGUGGACGGUCGGGGUCGUGAUGAGUAUCGGGGUUACCGGAUCGUUACCGAAGGAAGCAUGUCACACGAGGACAACAGCAGUACGUCUAACCCUCCCUUGAUCCUUUCAAAUGGUUCCGCACGGCUCUUUGAGGCAGCACGGCAUGCACACGAAGAUGUUUCUCUGCACAUGUUGUGUUCCGUCAAAGCUGAAGUUGUCCACCCGUCGGCUCUGCACCCUGCUCAAGGAGCGAUGGAACUACACGUGGAAAGUUUAACCUCGAGUGGACCGAACUCACAACGACGGAAAACUCAAGACGAACUUGAAGCGACCUUAUCCAAACUGUUGAUGCGCGACUUGGUAGACCUCGAAGCAUUAUGCAUCGUUCCGUACCACUACGUUUGGCGUUUGCACGUGGAUUUGUUUGUGCUGACGGCGGGGUCGUCACACGGUAGUCUGUGUGAUGCGGCUUCGCAUGUCAUACGCGCGGCGCUCCAAUGCACGCGCCUACCUGCUAUUACGUCAUCCACCGCGACUGCCAACGAAAGCCACAAUGGUCUUGCGAAGGCUUCGUUCCGCAACAAGAAUCCGUUAUUUCCACAUGGCGGUGUUGAAUUGAUGGUCGACGGUGAUUUGGCCGUAGCUUCGCCGCCCCCAGGUGUCAAUCAAGCACCCAUUAUUGUUUCCGUUACCGUUUUGGCAAACUCGGAAGUUUUGAGGCGAACGCCGGUAUCAGCCGUUAGUGUUGCGCCGGUUUUGAUUCUUGACGCAACACCGGACGAAGAAGCCUGCGCGGUAGCUCAAGUCCACGUUGCCAUCGACCGUUCCGACGGAAGCAACCCGCUUAUUACUGCCUUGCACCAGUCACGCCAAGGAUCUUUGCCGCUGAAUGUUUUGACGGACGUCUGUGCCAUAGCUCUCCAAGGCGCCAUGUCGGCAGAAGCUGCCUACGUCAUUCGACCAGGACGCAAUGACCUGGGGCUCUUGCAGGAGCAGUUUCUCUUUCAAUAG